GACAACAACCAGUUGAUCUGGUUUCUCAACAUGAAGACGAUUUCUAAGUCAAUUUUCGUUUUAUUCUUAUUACUAAAUAUAUUUUUAUUUUCAUUGGAAGACGAUCAAGGAAAGUUUGACGUUGUUUCCACGACGCAAAAACCUCCUGACUCCCUCAAAUCCGAAGAAACACUGUUGAAGCAGUUUGAAAACUUUCAAGAAAAUAUUAAGGAUAAAAUAAAAGCUCUCGAAUCAGCGAACGCCUUGCAAUUAGAACAGUUAACGCAUCGUCUAGAAGCUCUCGAAUCCACAAACAAUUUAAAAUUGCAAGAUGGUCGAAGGGUUCUUUACUCAAAACAAGAAGAAUUAUUUUGUCUUAAGCAACAAUCGGGAGACAAUCUUCCACGUAACUGUAGAGAAGUCAAAGAGAGAGGUUACGACUUUUCUACGACUUACCCGAUUAAACCAGACUUUGCGCCUAAAGCCACAAGAGUUCGAUGUGACUUAGAAAAACAUGGAGGGGGAUGGACAUACAUUCUAAAUAGGUUUGAUGGAUCACAAAGUUUUGACUUUGAUAUAGAAGAAUAUAAAAACGGAUUUGGUAAACUUUCGGGUGAGUUUUGGCUGGGUUUAGAUAACAUUAAUUAUUUAACUGGUUAUAAAGUCAACGAAUUGCUGGUAGAACUCGUAGACUGGAACGACACAUUAGUGUUCGCCCAUUAUGAUCGAUUCAGAGUGGGCAAUGAAGACGAAGAUUACAUAAUGACUGUGUCAGGGUAUAACGGUACCGCUGGAGAUUCGCUGGGUGGCAGUACCAAUAUGAAAUUUAGUACAAAAUCGAAAGACUUUGAUAGCUGGCCCUCAGGAAGUUGUGCUAAAACAUUCGACUCAAGUUGGUGGUUCCAGGACUGUAUGGGUUGUCUUCUCACGGGAAAGUACUUGAAAGGCAAUGUUUCGAGCGAGCAGAGAGGUAAAAUUAUGUACUGGCACAAAUUCCAAGGGAGCAUAUAUAGUCUCAAGGAAGCUAGAAUGAUGGUUAGACCUAGAAUUUAACCAAAUGACUAGAUAUGAUGGAAGCAGCACAUUUUUUUUAACUGUAUGUGUGACAUAAUAAUAAAACCAACCUUAAUACUUAAA